GAGCAUUCACGAUUCCGAGAGCGUAGAAGAAGGCGAGUGGAAUUUCAGCGCCAUGGCUUCGAACCGAUGGCUUUGCCUUUUCUGGACCUUUGCAUUGGCUACUCUCACGCAACGUGUGGUGGCCGAGGACGGCGCGGAUGUGGAAGGCGUGGCUCUGCUGGCUCAGCGUGGAGUUCCCCACAAGCCACAUCGCAAGGACAUCAAGAUUCCUCCCAUCCUUCUCUUCAAUUACAAGUUCAAUCUGCUGAACGCCUCAAAGGCACAGCUGAAGUCGGAUCCGCUGCACAAGCUUGUGCUGAAGAACGUCAA